CCCACUACCUUGGAAUCGACGUCCACGACACAGGCCACGUUUCGCGGGAUUCGUCCCUGGAACCCGGAGUGGUGCUGGCUGUGGAGCCUGGUCUCUACAUUCCCGAUGAGGAACAAUACGGCGCCUUCCGCGGCCUUGGGGUGCGCAUCGAGGACGAUGUCCUCAUUACGAACAAGGGCCCGGUGGUCCUGUCUGGUGAGCUGCCGGUCGAGGCGGAGGAGAUCGAGGCCAUUGUGGGAUCUGGUCUGAAUGGCCUGGACUAUGCGGCGUCCUUCGAACGCUUGGCGUCCUGUGGGUCCUAG